AUGGCGAGGAUUGUGAGGAUGGUGGCUCUGUGUGCCACGUUCGUGGCCAGUAGCGCGCAAAGCUGUGGAGAGCGUUUGCCGGGUAUCUACCGUUCCUGUGCCUAUGAGUGUGCGCCGUACGAAGGCCCAACACCUUCGGAGUGCUGCGACAAAUGCCGCAGCAACACUGAUUGCUUGGGGAUUUGCAUUGCAAAGGUCCCUGGUGUUGGCUCGUAUCCUGGUGGCCAGGGAGACAUCGUGGAUGGCCCUGGCCACUGUGUGGUUGAGAAUGGCGUCAACAGCUCCGACGAUGACGAUUGCCAUAUGCCACUCUCCGAACUUGAAUUGCAGAAUGGCCAGCUCAUCUACACCCGGGGUAGGAGCAACGACUUGGGCCGACCUGGUCGCUGCUCCGCUGAUCCCUACUUCCGCGUGGCCGGGAAGGAGCUCGUGAUGUCAGGGGGACGCUCGGUCUCCUCGGUGGGGGAUUGUUGUGAUCUCUGCGCUUCCACUCCAGGCUGCGGAGGCUGGACGGUGGAGAUGGCCCAGUCACCGUGGCAGUGCCGGCUUUUUGAGGCGGACUUCCGUAGAGAACCCUGCCACAAGUGCUACUCCGGGCUCAAGGCGUUUGCUGUGCAAGUCUGA